CUUACAACAACAACCCUGUGAGGAGAGCCCAAAACAGGAGCUUUACCAUUCAGAACUGUUUCUGGAGUGCUGCUAUUCUCAGAGUGAAAUGGCAAACAAAGGAACUCCUGAGACAGACCCACGAGAACGGACGAAUUUUAUUCCAAGAGUGGGGAAGGAAGAAAAAGAAAAGGGGACAGUUUGUGACCGUGCAGUAAGCAAGAUCAAGGCACUUGCAGGGGAAAUUACCUUUCUCAGAGUCAUCGCCUUCCUGUAUCGUGUUGUUAUCCUAUUCCUACUCAUUGGCAUUGGCAUUGCAGUUGCAAUGGCAGCAAAAAUGAUUCAGCAACUGACCCUUCAUAUGAAUUCUGCUGCAACCUGUGGUCCACCAUGCCCACGUUAUUGGAUUGGAUAUGAAGGGAAGUGCUACUUCUUUUCAAAAGAAAAAAGGAACUGGACAUACAGUCAGAAAUUCUGUUCCUUGCACAAUGCCACAUUGGUGAAGAUUGAAGGUGAAGAACUGGAAAUUGUGAUGCGACUCAUAGGAAAAGACCUUUAUUGGAUUGGUCUCCAAAAACACCCUGGGAAGCCAUGGACAUGGUCAGAUGGAGCAAAUUCAGUAAUGGAGGUCUCUGGGGAAGGAGGAGACUGCGCAUACCUAGACAAUGACGCCAGAGCCAUCUCAUCAGGGUGCCAUACAAAAUUGCCGUGGAUCUGCAGCAAACCUGCUGCAUAUACAAUCCCAAGCAAUACACCAGACCCAUAGGCAGACUUCUGGCCUAUAGGAGGAGAAAUAAAUACAGAGCUAGCUGGCAGGCAGUAGGCCAAGAAAAUAAUGCUGCCCUUACUUUUACUGUUUGACUGGGUAGAGUGUGAACUGCACGUUUACCCCCUGCAUGUCUGAAAGUCUGAGAACAGCAUUGCACAUGGACAGUGCCAGAGAGGAUCCCUGGUGCUACAUCCCUGCUGUCAGGGGUAAGCACAUCAAGGGAAUGGAUAAAGUUGGUGCCUUUAACACAAAUACCCAAGCAUACACAUUGGGGAAAUGUGAGGAACAAGAGCCAGCAACAAGUAAGAGUGUUGCUGCGGGUACACUGCCUUCUCUGGGCUUCCACUUAUUCAGAAGUGAAUAAAUUCCUGCUAGCACCAGGUGUGCGAGAACUAAAA